CCUCUCUCCCCCUCUCCGCCUCUGAUUGGCUGAGCUCCCGGCUCCCCGCUCCCCCUCGCCUCCACCCCUGGUGAAAACUGCGGGCGCCGAGCGGGGUGCAGCAACUGGAGACGGCGGUGCGACGGCAGGAGGCUGCAGCAGCCGAGGACCCCAGCCCAGAUCCAGGACUGAGCUCUCGGCACCAUGAACCCAGCUAUCAGCAUCGCUCUCCUGCUCACAGUCUUGCAGGUAUGCCAAGGGCAGACGGUGACCAGCCUAACAGCAUGCCUGGUGGACCAGAGCCUUCGUCUGGACUGCCGCCAUGAGAACACCACCAACUUGCCCAUGCAGUACGAGUUCAGUCUGACCCGUGAGACAAAGAAGCAUGUGCUCUUUGGCACCAUGGGGGUGCCGGAGCACGCGUACCGCUCCCGAACCAACUUUACCAAAAAGUAUAACAUCAAGGUCCUCUACUUAUCCGGCUUCACCACCAAGGAUGAGGGGAUCUACACGUGUACACUCCACCUCUCCGGCCAUGCUCCCUCCUCCCAGAACGUCUCUGUGCUCAGAGGCCACGGAUUUCAUUUCCCUGUGACUGGUGGGGCCUAUGGAGGAUACAGGAAGCCACAAGUCCCAGUGCAGAGUUUCUGCUUCUCUGAGUCGGCUGACCCCCUCCCCGCAGUCCCUCACACACGUUGGGGAGAAAUGGGGACCCCACCCUCAUCAGGAGUCCCAGUGCUGCAUGCCAUCAUCCACCCACCCCCACUGCCACCUCGCCCUCUCCGCACACCUCUGGCUGUCUUUUUGUACUCUUUGUUCCAGAGCUGCUUCUGUCUGGUUUAUUUAGGGUUUUAUCCUUGCUUUCCUUUGGGGGUUCGUGAAAAGGGAAGCCAGGUUUAGGGACCUGAUGGAGAGUUGGAGCAUGUGAAAGGUAGCAGGAUGGAGGGUACCAGCCACUAGGGCUCAUCCUUGCGCACCGAAACCAGAGGCCUGGGAGAGACCUGGAUGAGGAGGGGCUGGGGUGUGUCUGGGCCUAGCACAGACAUAGUCUGUGCUUAGAAUACUCCUCAGCAGGCAGGCCUGGUGCCUGAAGACCCCAGAUGUGAGGGCACCAUGAAGCAUUUGUGGCCCAUCUUGUGAGGGAGAGAGCUGGCUGUCAUCAGGAGCAUUCUCAGCCACAGCAAAAAAAAAAAAUCCCUCCUCUUACCACGCAGAAGUCCCCUAGGGACCUUGGGCCAGGGACAUGACCCAGUGAAGAUACAGAUUUGGUCAGGGGAGCUGCACUGAUGGAGGGUUGGAGACAAGCAUAGAAGGUGACGGGCCAGCAUCCCUGUCGACCUAAGGAAGCUAAAAGCGUCAGCUUGCUGUUCCUCACCGCCUCAACCAGAGAAGGACAAGCCCCACCCAGGCUAUCCCAAGCUCCCAAGAGCUUCCAGAAGUUUGACUUGGAGCCACUGAGUCAAGUGGCUCCAAAGAGUGGAGUCCCAGAGCGAGGCCCAAGUUCCUGAGAGAGGCUCUUCCUUCCCUCGCCCAUCAGUGCCAGCCCCUGCUGGCUGGUGCCUAAGCCUCUCAGGCAGCCCCCUGCCCCGCAGGCCUGGCUUCUCAGGGACCUCUGGGGGGGCCUGAGGCAGACCAUGGAGUGACACCUGGGAGCAAGACACUUCUCAGGAGAUGGCUUUUCCCAACCUCCAGCACCCCACCCGGCAGCUCUGCCUAUCCUGUGACCAUGUGUAGUGCCACCACAGUUUACAGCAUCUCAUUGAGGAAAAAGAAAAACUGCACAAUAAAACCAAGCCUCUGGAAUCUGUCUUUGCACCUGUCACGGCUUUUCUCCUCCGGCAGUGUCCAGGCCUGCCUACCCGCUUAGCUGGGCAUCUCCAUCGACCAUGCUGUGGGAUGCCACCUCUUCCCCGCCUUCUCCCCUCCCACCUGCAGCAUCCCUGCCCUCAGGAGCAAACCACUGCAUGCUGGGCUUUUCUAGAAUAACCCUAACAAGACACAUGCCCAAAUAAAAGAAUAUUCCAUGUCUGUUGACUCACCUGGCCGGAACAACAGACUCACCUGCCAACACAUGGGCCGAGCCACGUGGCCUUGGCUCUGGAAUACACAAGUGGCUUUGUGUGACAAA